AUGGUCUAUAUAAAAUCAGCUGACGGUACUGAAAAGAAAUUUGCUUGUAUCAAAUGUAUCAAGGGUCAUCGAUCCUCCAAAUGUACGCAUGAUAAAAGAGAACUGAUUGAGAUUAAGAGAAAAGGACGGCCAGUAUCACAGUGCGAAACUUGCCGUUUACUUCGAAAGACAAAGCAAGUGCAUGUGAAAUGUGUUUGCGAACCCAAGAGCAAAGGAACGGUGAAUAAUGCAUCCAAGGAUAAUGCCGUUUUAGAUCAAGAGCAGAUUAGCAAAAGCACUGAUUCGUCACCUGCAAAUGUAAAUAACAUCAACACAAACUUUAGUAAUUUCGACAGUAUGCUGGCUUCUACAUCUUGCCUCGAGUGCAAUCGGCCAAAAUUGUAUUGCAACUGUAGAAAACCAAAGGCUCCAUCGUCCAUCACCACCUCCUCAACCAACAGUUUAGAAGGCUCAGUGACACCACCCAGUGCAUCCUCGCCCUACAUGCCUGGAUCAGUAUCUCAUAUAUCACUGCCUUAUUCAGCAGCAGACAUAUUCUCUACAACAUCUCCCACCAUGUCAGCAGGACUGACGAACAACAAUGCAAGUACGCCUAAUAGUAAUAACAACUCUCUACCUUCUUCGCCCAUGCGCCAUCUGACAAUACCUAUCCACGAUCCAUCUGAUGACAUUGACAGCGAUACUCCCAUAUACAAAUCAGUGGAAGAGACGCCUCAUCUGGGUGAAUUCGCCAACAAGAGCUCAGACGAACUCAUGAGCCAAAUCUACAGUGGAUUUCCGUCGUCCAACUCUUCAAUACCCUCUGCUUCUUCUUCGCUGAUGAGAGAAGGCGUUGAUGAUGAAUUAGUGGAAUUAUCAAGGGAGCCCUAG